AUGAAGAUCAUUGUCCUGCUGCAUUGGUUUGGGGUAUUUCUGUCCUUUUCUGGACAAAAUCAGGCUGAACACUCCCAAUAUCACAACUCCCCAGAGGUGGUAAUUCCCUUGAAGCUAUCUGGUACUAGCAGAGGUAUGAAUGCUCCAGGCUGGCUUUCAUAUAGCUUGAACAUUGGAGGCCAGAGCCAUAUUAUUCACAUAAAAGUCAAAAAGGGUUUGCUAUCCAGACAUAUGUCUGUAUUUACCUACACAGAGCAGGGGGUACUCCUUGAAGACCAACCUUUUAUUCAAAAUGACUGCUACUACCAUGGUUAUGUGGAAGGGAACCUCAAGUCCAUGGUAGCCCUCAGUUCCUGUUUUGGGGGUUUUCGAGGAAUGCUACAGAUAAAUGAUAUUGCUUAUGAAAUCAAGCCCUUAAUGUUUUCUCCUACAUCUGAACAUCUAGUAUAUAAGAUAGACAAUAAUGAGACACAAUUUCCAUCCAUGACAUAUGGCUUUAUGCAAGAAGAAAUAGCACAUCAACUGGAGUUUCGAGACAUGUCGAAUUUUAUUUUGGAGCAAAGUGCUUAUGAGGACUGGUGGACCCAUGUGUGGUAUGUUACAUAUGCAGUGGUUGUAGACCAUACUCUAUACCUUCAUUAUGAAAGGAAUGUAUCAAAGUUACAGGAGGAUAUAUACGAUAUUGUCAAUAUAGUUGAUUCAAUUUAUGAUGCAUUGGGUGUUAACGUGCUAUUGUUUGGUAUUGAGAUCUGGACUCAUAAAAACUUUUUUUCAGUAGAUAACAUCAAGAAUACCCUGACACAAUUUUGUCAAUGGAAGGUCAUAAACCUUUCUCCCCGGCUACCACAUAAUAUUAUACAUCUUUAUACAAAUAAAGGACUAAGAGGAUUACCUGGUUUAGCAUACCUUGGAGGAGUGUGUAAAAUGAAUUAUAAUUGUGGAAUUGUUUCUUUCCUAAAUGUAACCUUGAACAAGUUUGCAAUUUAUGUGGCCCAUGAGCUCGGUCAUGUUUUGGGAAUGGAUCAUGAUACAGAUAUGUGUACAUGUGGGCAAAAUUCAUGCUUAAUGAAUUCCCGAAAAAUUCCAUCAACUAGUUUUAGUAACUGCAGUUAUGCUUCUUGGUGGAAAACCACUAUAAUUCAUGGAAAAUGUAUGCGUGAUAAUCCACAGACAGGAAACAUUCUCAUAGGGAAGCGCUGUGGUAAUGGUGUGGUUGAAGAGGAAGAGGAGUGUGACUGUGGAUCCUUCAAGUAUUGUGCAAAUGAUCCUUGUUGCCUGGAAAAUUGCAUGCUGAGUCCUGGGGCUCUUUGUGCUUUUGGGCUUUGUUGCAAAGACUGCAUGUUCUUGCCACCAGGGGAACUAUGUAGACAGAAGGUCAAUGAAUGUGAUCUUCCAGAGUGGUGCACUGGAAAAUCACAUCAGUGCCCUCAAGAUUUAUAUGUGCAAGAUGGGAUCUCAUGCUCAGAAGAUGGCUACUGCUAUGAAAAGAGAUGCAAUGACCGCAAUGAACAGUGUAGGAAGAUUUUUGGGAAAGAGUCCAAGAGUGCUAAUCAGAUAUGCUACAAAGAAAUUAACACAAGAGGUGAUCGGUUUGGUCACUGUGGUAUAAAUGGUUCCACAUAUGUAAAAUGUGCUAUCUCUGAUAUACUGUGUGGGAGAGUUCAGUGUGAAAAUGUGAUACAAAUUCCUACUCUAAGAGAUCAUACUACAAUACAUUUUACUAAAUUCAACAGUGUCUCCUGCUGGGGCACUGACUAUCAUUUUGGAAUGACCAUACCUGAUAUUGGUGAAGUGAAAGAUGGUACAGACUGUGGUCCAGGAAAUAUCUGCAUUCACAGACAGUGUGUUGAAAUGUCUUCUUUGAAACGUGGUUGUUCAGCUGAAAUUUGUAGCAUGAGAGGAAUCUGCAAUAAUAAACAUCAAUGCCAUUGCUAUCCUGGGUGGGCUCCACCGAACUGUGUAAGAAAAGGCAAUGGAGGUAGCAUUGACAGUGGAAUACCUCCUGAAGGAAGUGAGGGAAAAAUUUCCCGGUUACUAUUGUUGCCUAUUUUGUUAUUUCCUUUCAUUUCUAUUUGUGUCUUUUUUUGUUGUAAGAAGUCUAAAGAAGAACAGCAAAAUGUUCAGACUCAACCACAGCAAGGAGAGCAAAAAGUUGAAACUCAGCCUCAGCAAGGAGAACAAAAAGUUGAAACUCAACCUCCUCAAGGAGAACAAAAAGUUGAAACUCAGCCUCCUCAAGGAAAACAAAAAAGUUGA